CUGGAGCUCGUGCCCCGAGUCUCGAGAGAAGCCUUCGGCUUUCGGGCGGGCCUGAAUUAUGAUCGCAGGCUUUGAUUUUUUUGCCCUGGUGGGUUCGCAGCGCAUGGCACAGGCAGGUCUCUGGUGGAGAAUUGGUCGGUAUCUGCGUUUGUACUCUCGGAGCUUUCGGGUGGAUUGAUAUGUGAUUGUGCGGCGAGGCUCGAAGGUUUUGUUGUUUCGGAGUUUUCGAAUGAGGGUCUCGUAGCAGGCACACGAAAUGAUUUGGACUUCAGGGGGCCGUUUUGAACAUCGAGAGUAGCGUGGAGCUCGACGCUUUAAUGGCAUGGCGAAGCGUGGAUUUUUUCUUUGCGAAGAUGGUGGAGCGGAAGAUGGUGCGAGUGGAUUACUUUGCUUGUAGUUGCUGUUUCCUGCCUCUCGGUUGGAAGGAUACAACGAUAAGGAUAUCAGGAAGACAAAGGCUUGGGUUGAAACACAGUGGUUUUGAGUGGAGAGAUCAUCAGCCGGGGACUUAGCAGAUGCUGAUUGGAGCUGAGAAAUCAGGCUUUUGAAUUGUCUUUGAAUGUUGCAUUGGCGCAAGAGCGUGCGCGUAUGUUCCCUAUGAGAGGCCUCCUUUCUUAAGGCAUUGAGAUUCCUGCCUUCAAUGUAGAUCGGUGUGACAUCCAUCCAUUGCCUCUCCGUGAACGCGCUCAAGUCCUGCUGUGCUCUACAGAAAGCUGCAUUUCUGAGCAUCAGAAAUCUCCGUGGAGUUAUCAUGGAAGGAAUGAAUCGUCGUGCCGUUCUUGUGUUUUGACAGGGGAAAAUUGAACCAUAUGGGUCAUGUCUUUAAGCAGCUUACUUGUGCCGAAUUCUACAAGAAUUAGCUCUAAUAAGUUCAUCACUUCUCUUCCUUUCACCAAAUGGGAGGAGAAAUGCCAAACUCUACCAGCUGAAGAUUGACUUCUGCCCAUUGUAGUAUUUAAAAGAUCUCCCGUUUGCUCUCUUCCCUUCCAGCUUUCAAUCUUCUAAAGAGAUACUUAUACGUCUUGGCAAAUCGCCAAAACGUCUGCAGCCCGGAAGAACCAAGCCUGCCGAUACAAUCUUUGGAUCAGAACGUCCUAUUAGAAGACAUUUUUAAAAACUGGAACUAGAUUGAAGCGCAUUAUUCGCACAAAUCGGUGUUUCUGUUUGCCACAGUACAGCAUUCUAUCCAUAGAGCUGCAGGUGUAUGCCGCUACACAUCGGACAAAUCUUGACACAUGGAGAUGACAUCUGAAAAUCGAAAAAGGCUAUCGUCUAGCCUGAAGCUUGUCCAUGCCGCUGAGAAGCUCCGAGUGAAUCCGUCUUGUAUUUCAACGUUACGGUAUGUUCUGAAAUGUCUCUCUAAUGUGGAACAUUUGGACAUAGCCGCGAAGCAGUAUGUCAGCCUGGGCUUUCUUGAUGUGAUUCCAUCCGUGUUGACGCAAAGAUCGAUGAAAGUUGUUACCAUUGGGCUGGAGAUUCUGGGAGCGUUAUCUCUAAGUUCUUCAAAGAUACACCACCAGGUUUUGACUAAGGAGGAAAUCAUCCGCGCUCUUGUUGAGAUAUUCACGAGUUCAAAUUUGGACCUUCUUACAGCAGCUUUUCACACCUUGGAAGAUGUUCUUAUCACAUCCGAUGGUCUGGAGCGUUUUAAACAUACGUCGCUUGUGGAGAACCUCAUGCGGUUAUUAUGUUUGCUUGCAGACCUUUAUCGCAAACCUGACUCAAGUUAUGGACUUGAAGAAGAAAAACGGUUCGAUAAAUCUGUCGCUGAAAGAGGUGAAAGACUGCAGGUCUCUGAUAUCCUAGAUAACUUAGAUGGUGAGAGUCGGAAAAGAGGAUCGAAACGGGUAUUCGGCAACGAGCUGGAGUCGCUUGUUGAUUCUUGUGUUAGAACUAUUGUCAGUAUUAAUCCAGGCGAAUGUAUCAAAAGUGUUCCUAGAUUUGUCUACUUCAAAGCUUUGGGUAUCCUUUAUCAACACUGGUCAUUUAUGCUUGAAAAGGACCAACUACUCUAUAAUAAUGUGGAUCCAACUAGAGGGAACUGGUACAGGAGAUCUAAAUCCAGACAUGAACUCGCAAAAUGUCUGGUGCUUCUAGGCAUGGAGUACGACUGUUACCCUGGAAAAGCUGGUAUAGUCGAUGAGAAGUCCCCUGGAAUUUCUGACUUGAGCUCUGACAAGUUCAUGGACUUCUGGGAGCGGUUGCCUGUACUUGUGACGAAAGCCAUGCCUUCUUGUCUUCUUACUUUCGCCAAACGGUUUAACAAUAUGGAGAGGCUCUUCAAUCUUCUCUACUCGUUCACAACUUGUCCUUCUUCUUCUGCUGAUGAGGUGGACUCCUUCAUGUCUAUUCGCGAAAUCGAGUGCACUGUGGGAGACCCACUUUCAUAUGGGCGAGAUAUCAGGAUAGUGAAAACAGUGAACGAUUCAAAAGUUAUGAAACUUGAAGAAACAGAGGUGCAUUUUUUCUCAACAGAUGCAGAAUGUACUGUGGAUAAGCAUGUACAUCCCAAAGCGAUGUUAGAUGCGGUAAAGGCGGGUUUCAGUUUGGCCAUAAAAGGGUUGGAGCUACGCUGCGCGGAUAUUGCAAGAUUGUCCGAGGCAUUAGCCAAACAAUUUGGUCAACCUAGUGUUGGAGUAAACUUAUACGUUACGCCCCCAAAUGCUCAAGGUCUUGCCGUGCAUUUUGAUGAUCAUUGCGUUCUAGUUUGCCAGUUACAUGGUAAAAAAUCUUGGAAAAUAUUUCCACCUGCUAAGAUCCUGCCAAGACUGUAUGCAUCUAGAUCCUUAGACGAGGAAGCGUUGAAUUCCUGUCCGGCUAAUGCAGUUACUUUGGAGGAAGGAAAUGUGCUUUACAUACCACGAGGUUUUCCUCAUAAGGCAUUUUGUGAUGACAAGUUUGAGGAGGAAUCAGGAGGUGUGGAUGGGUUCAGAUAUUCCACAGAUCCUUGUCUUGGAUUAGAUGAAACUUCAAAAUCAGAUGUUGCUAAUCUGUGCAACUCUGCCUUCCCUAUUUCUGGAAGAAAGAAGAAGAAGCAGAAGAUAACGCCCCCCUGCUCCGACUCUCUUGAAGACCAAUGUGAGCUUCAAACAGACUGUAUCGACAACGGCAUAUCAGUUCAUUUGACAUUUGGUGUGGAGGUGGAGCCCCCAUUUGAAUGGGAAGGAAUGGUUCAUAUUGCUCUUAGGCUUUGGAUACUUCAAAGGUGGGGAAGCGUACACGGAUCAGAUUCAAAAAUUAUCAAGGACGAGGACUGGAGUGAGGCAUUGCUGCACGUUGCGAUUAGAAACCUCGGUGAAAAUGACAUUCGGUUCAGAAAAGCAUGCAUGAUAGCAGCCGAGGCCUUGACGGAUUCUUGUAUUGAGAAACCAGUUAACGUUAGGCAAAACGAGAAGGCCUGCGGCAAGAAUUUAGUUCCAAGGUGCGGAGCUCUCGAUCCCCUAGGUUGUGAUUCAUGUAGUCAAUCUUCACUAUCAUAUUUUCAAAGUCUUAUCACCAUGGUUGAUGAAAGGAUCAAUUUUUCAGAAGCUUUCAGCUUAGCUCAGUCUUAUUUUAAGAGUUCGAAAGACGAAGGUGAUGUUGUAGGCAUGGACUAUUUAAGGCACGUACCCAACAGUAGUGAGCGCUUCCUAGAUUCUAGAUACUUAGACCCCAUCUACCUUCUGCAACAUUCCAGCUUUGAGGAGUCAGCAUGUGUGCAAAUAUUGACAAACAUGAAGGCUGAGUUCGGACAAGCAUCGAUGUUCCAUGAUGCAUCGCAAGUAUUCAGGAUGAUAUUGAACCAAUAUAGGACCAUGAGGAGGAAGUAUAGGAAUGGAAUGCUGGCUUUGCAUGGUGGUCUUAGUCAGCAAGAAAACAACGCCGAUGAGAAAUCUUAGUCUAAAAGUGUGAACGCUCAUAUAAAGUUACUCAGGUCCAUUUGCGCAAGUACUGACCCCAGCUUUUCAGCUUCAUUCGUCUUGACGCAGUUGUGCACCAUCAUUGUUCACUGGUCUCUAGAAAUUUUUCGUGGGAAUGUAUCAGCUCUUCAGCGCGGUGUACGGAGUCACGUUUUAAUAAGUUAUAACUUGAAGUAAGGUCGUCAUUGAACAUCUUAUGUAAGGAGUGCACAUAGACACGGCGAAAGUUGUAUGCGGUGAUCAGACUGUAGAACAUUAUGUUUUACGGAAGGAGAUUACGAUAUGUGCUAAGCCUGAAUGUCAGUCUUGGGUACACAACUAAAUCAUUCGUUAGCACAGUAAAAGUGAAUGGGUAAUUUUGUGCUAGCAGAAACCGUAUUUUGUUUCAGGAAGAGGCGGAUAUUUUGGUAUAUUCAUCUCAGUGGAUCGCUCACACAUCACUGCAGGUUUUUCUUCGCAGAGCAGAGUGCGAAACCGAAGAGGCUUGUACUUUAAGCUAAAUGUAGGGAGACUAUCAUGAUUCACGUACGUUUGUUUGAAGGGGGUCGUAUUUCUAACAUCUUAUAUUCCGUCUGUCUAGUCAGACUCACAAUUUUUAAGUUGGCCUAUUCCCAACACAUGACUUUAAACCCUACAGUCCGAGCCAUAAAAAUCAAGAAUUUAUACGGGACCUCAAGAAUUUAAUCUGUAAAGUCGCAAUUGCCAGUCGGGGAUCCCGUAAGUGGAGACCUAUCUCUGCCUAUGUGAAUGUGAAUUACUCAUUAGAUGUGCUUGGAUUCGAUGGAAAUAGAGAGUGUGACUAGUUUUUGCCCCAAGGUUAACAUUUAGUUCUUGUAAUAUUCAAUCCAUCCAAAACUUUGACGUGGAAUGCAUUCAAGGAAAGUUUGUCCACGCAACCAAGCUCAAGUUCGAAGUUCC